CCUUGGAAACACUCCAUGGGGGCAGGAGGGUUGGGGCAGGUUGCCCAGCAACAGGUGGUGCCCUCCCUUCCGGCUCAAGUGGGGCCAGCCCUCCUCACGCCUUUGGGGCCACUGCCCUGUGCCUUCUCAUCCUGUACAGGGAAGAGCGGCUUUGAAGGGACAGAAAGGAGCCCCCAGGACGGACUGGAGGUGAGGCAGUCAGACCUGAGAGGGGCACCUACACAGGAGGAAAGAAGUCCCAGGGGCCUUAAGCAGAUACCACACAGCAGUUCCUGUUUUCUCACUCUCUUUGACACUCACUGCCUCGCGCUCUGUCUAGUUUGUGCCAGCUCUGUCUCAUUCGCUUCCUCUCCUGACCCCCAUGUCUCCCAGAUGACCCCGGUUCCGGAGCAGCCUCCUGGGCACACGGAGGGCCCCCCGGAGUCGGCCCCGUGGCCCCCGCUCCCCUGCGGGCCCUGCAUCCCCAUCAUGCUCGCCCUGGCCUCCUUUGCUGCCCUCUUCCUCCUGACCACAGCCGUGUUGGCCGAACGUCUGUUCCGCCGCUCCCUGCGCCCAGACCCCAGCAAGCGCGCCCCCACCCUGGUCUGGCGCCCCGGAGGAGAGCUGUGGAUCGAGCCCACGGGCAGCCCCCGAGAGCGUUCCGAGGACUGGUAUGGCUCUGCGGUCCCCCUGCUGACGGACCAGGCCCUGGAGCCCCCCAACCCUGGCGGCACCUUGGAGGCCCGGGCCACGGCCCCCCCCAACCCCUGCACCCCCAUGGCCCCACACUGUGCUCCCAGCUCCUUGGCUCCCAAGACCCCACCCCAGGUCCCAGCCCGCAGCACCUUCUGGGUGCCACAGCCCUGGGAGGAGAGGCCCCAGGCCCGAGGCCUGGUGAGCUGGGCCGAGCCGGGGCCCAGACCAGAAGCCAGUGGGUACCUGGGGAACCCCCCAGCCUGGAGGCCACGGCCGGGGAGCCCUGAGCCCGACUGGGGCCUCCAGCCUCGCGUCACCCUGGAGCAGAUCUCAGCUUUCUGGAGGCGCGAAGGCCGGACCAGUGUGGGGUUCUGAGCCCUCCGUGCCUGCAGGACUGCCCACUGCUUCCCAGAGACCCCCAUGGAGAGCCCUGCCUCCAAGGGACCUUGAGAUGCCGAGGCUCCGGCCUGGGAGCCAGGACUGCUGCCUGAGGCCCCCCACCCCCGGGAAGCCUCCCCGCCCAGGCCUUUAACUUCUGGAUUUCAAUUCCCCUGGGUCUGGAUGUGGGUGGGCUGAGUGGGAACAGAGUCUGGGUCUCGGGGGAAGCUCAGACCCUACCUCUGCUGAGCUGCCUGGGGCCGGGCCUCAGAGGCCUGGGGGUGGGGCUGUCGCUGGGCCAGAAGCCCCCAAGACCACAUUCCAGGGACCACGCAGGCAGGAAAUGGCAGCAACCCCAGGCCCUUCCACCUUCCGAGAGUGUGUUCCCAAGUUCCUGGAUGCCAGGGUAAGGCGGUCUUGUGGUUGCCAAAGAGUAGGCGGAGUGUGGUGCUCAGAUGCUGACUGUGUCAGCAGGGUUAGCAGGGAAUGUCAGGAACCCAGUUUCCCAAACUCAUGAAUCUUAUCCCUCCUCAGCCCCUCACCCCCAUGAGGGCCUGCAGGGAAAUACAUAAGCAAAGGAGGCCAGGCAAAGGAGCCUUUUGUUACACAUGGACUGUGGCUCUGACCCCCAAAUCACAAUGAGGAACUUGGGGUCCCAACUGGAACUGGGACCCAGGGUCCAAAAGACCAACAGGGCUCCCCUGCUCAGCCUCGGAAGGCUGCUCGCACUACUACACAGCCCUCAGCGUCUUACCACUCCACAGUGAGGAAAGCAUAAGCCAAGGAGAAUUGAGUUCCGCCCAAUGCAGGGACAGGAGCACUGUCCAGCGCAGGGCAGUGCCCAAAAUGCGGCCUUCGGGCCAGCUUCCCUCCCAGCCUGCUGGAGUGGUCCAGAAAGAAGGCUGGGCCCCAAGACCGGCCUACUUACAGUGUAAGUCACUCAGUAAGGUGUUCCACCCCACGGAAAUGGAGCCCCAAACGCCCUCGGUCCUGGCCAUUUGUCAUGGCAACCUCCCCUUUGGGACAGGAGCCAGGAGAUGGGGAAAGUGGACGAGUUUCUAUUCCCUGGGCUCUGAUUUCCCCAACCUCGGUCAUGAAGGACAGGCUUUUUGCUCUAUCAGUUUACCACCUGUGCUACUAUUUACUUUAUAUUUUUCUUGAAAUUGGCUCUCUGUUUGCUUAAUAAAUUUAUUUUAAAAGGAA